CAUUUAGAGAGUAAGGUGAAGUCUCUUAUAUUGGGGGUGAGCUUUGCAUUUCAAGAAGAAUCUGUCUAUGACCUUCUCCCAAAGGAGUUGCAGUUACCACCUUCCAGAGAAACAUCUGUAGCAUCCAUGAGCCAAACAAGUGGUGGUGAGGCAGGUUCGCCUCCUCCAGCUGUAGUUGCUGCUGAUGCUUCUUCAGCUCCCUCCUCUUCCUCCAUGGGCGGUGCUUGCAGCUCCUUUACCACCUCUUCUAGUCCUACCAUUUACUCUACCUCAGUCACCGACAGCAAGGCUAUGCAAGUGGAGAGCUGCUCCUCAGCCGUGGGGGUAAGUAACCGAGGGGUAAGUGAAAAGCAGUUAACCAGUAACACAGUCCAGCAGCAACAGUCAAUGCCGAAGAGACAUACAGUCCUGUACAUCUCACCACCACCUGAGGAUUUGCUGGAUAACAGUCAGAUGUCCUGCCAAGAUGAAGGGUGUGGAUUGGAAUCAGAGCAGAGCUGCAUUAUGUGGAUGGAGGAUUCCCCCUCCAACUUCAGUAACAUGAGCACCAGUUCCUACAAUGAUAACACUGAGGUGCCACGUAAAUCACGCAAACGAAAUCCAAAGCAGAGGCCAGGGAUCAAACGUCGAGAUUGUGAAGGAUCCAGCAUGGAUAUAUUUGAUGCCGACAGUGCCAAAGCGCCUCACUAUGUCCUUUCUCAGCUCAGCACGGACAGCAAAGGCAACUCAAAAGCAGGAAAUGGAGCAUCAGAAAACCAGAAAGGAGCCGGAGGGAAGAAGAGCCCGAUGUUGUCUGGUCAGUAUCCUACUAAAAGUGAAGGCAAGGAGCUGAAGAUUGUGGUACAGCCGGAGACCCAGCACAGAGCUCGGUACUUGACUGAGGGCAGCCGAGGCUCAGUGAAAGACCGGACACAACAAGGUUUUCCAACUGUAAAGCUGGAAGGUCACAAUGAGCCAGUGGUUCUGCAAGUGUUUGUGGGUAAUGACUCUGGUCGAGUGAAGCCACAUGGAUUCUACCAGGCCUGCAGAGUAACUGGGCGAAACACUACUCCCUGCAAAGAGGUGGACAUAGAGGGUACUACAGUUAUAGAGGUUGGCCUUGACCCUAGCAACAACAUGACGCUUGCGGUUGAUUGUGUAGGAAUACUGAAGUUGAGAAAUGCAGAUGUUGAAGCUCGAAUAGGGAUUGCUGGUUCCAAGAAAAAAAGCACCCGUGCCAGAUUGGUGUUUCGUGUAAACAUCACUCGGAAAGAUGGCUCAACUUUAACGCUCCAGACACCCUCCUCUCCAAUUUUAUGCACUCAACCAGCUGGCGUGCCAGAGAUCCUCAAAAAAAGUCUGCACAGCUGUUCAGUAAAGGGAGAAGAGGAAGUCUUUCUGAUUGGCAAGAACUUUCUUAAGGGAACAAAAGUGAUCUUCCAAGAGAAUAUUUCUGAUGAAGACUCUUGGAAAGCAGAAGCUGAAAUAGACAUGGAAUUAUUUCAUCAGAAUCAUCUUAUUGUGAAGGUGCCACCAUACCAUGACCAGAAAAUAACCUCAUCUGUUUCUGUGGGGAUAUAUGUGGUGACUAAUGCUGGAAGAUCACAUGAUGUGCAGUCAUUUACAUACACUCCAGAUACAUCUGGUACUCUGAAUGUUAAUGUGAAGAAAGAAAUCUCCAGCCCAGCACAGCCUUGUUCUUUUGAAGAGGCUAUAAAAGCAGUAGCAGCCACUGGCUGUAACCUGGAUAAAGUAAAUAUUCUCCCUAGUGCCUUGAUAACUCCACUUAUGCCGACCAGUGUGAUUAAGAAUGAAGAUGUGGCUCCAAUGGAAGUUACAGCCGAAAAAAGAUCUCCCACGAUCUUCAAGGCUACAAAGGUGGUUGGACCAACUCAACAAACAUUAGAAAAUAUGUCCAGCAUAUCAGGAAAUGGAACCUUUUCAACUGCUGCUUCUCAUUUACCUUCUGAGAGUGAAAAACAGCAGCAGAUACAGCCUAAAGUGUAUAAUCCAGAGACUCUGACUACUAUCCAAACACAGGACAUUUCACAGCCUGGUAGCUUUCCAGCUGUCUCUGCUCCCAGCCAACUGCAGAAUAGUGAUGCACUAUUGCAGCAAGCUGUACAGUUCCAAACUAGAGAGUCCCAAUCCAGAGAAGUGUUACAAUCAGACAGCACUGUAGUUACUUUGUCACAGUUAACUGAGGCUUCGCAGCAACAACAGUCAACAUUAUCAGAACCAGCACAGACACUACAGCAACAAAUUUCAUCAAGUAUUUUCUCACCAGCAAACAGUGUGAGUCAGUUACAGAACACUAUACAGCAACUGCAAGCUGGAAAUUUUCCAGCCAGCACUGCCAGUGGAAGCAGUGGAAAUGUUGAUUUGGUCCAGCAAGUCUUAGAAGCUGAACAGCAGUUAUCUUCUGUUUUGUUUUCUGGGUCAGAUAGUAGUGAGGAUGUUCAAGAGCAACUCAGUGCAGACAUUUUUCAGCAAGUUAGUCAAAUCCAAAACAGUGUAAAUCCUGGGAUAUUUUCCUCAUCAGAGACAGCAGUCCAUUCCAGGCAAGAGAAUCUUCUGUCUGGAAGAGCUGAAAAUGUACAUCCACAGCCUGAGAGCUCAUUGUCCAACCAGCAGCAGCAGGCAAUGGAGACUUCUGCAGCAAUGGUGAUUGGAAUGCAGCAAAGUAUGUGCCAGGCUGCAACACAGAUGCAGUCUGAUCUGUUCUCCUCAGCAGCUUCAGGAAAUGGAAACCUCCAGCAGUCCCCUGUUUACCAGCAAGCUUCCCACUUGCUAAGCGGGCUGUCACCAAGCGAAGACAUGCAGAUGCAAUGUGAGUUAUUCUCUUCAUCUUCUGGUGUUUCGGGAAAUGAAACAACUGCUACUGCUCAGCAGCAAGUCUCAACCAAUGGCUCUACCAUGUUUCAGACAUCAAGUUCUGCAGAUGGAAAAGAAGCUUCUGGACAGAAUAAACAGAUGCAAAACAAUGUGUUUCAGACCAUGGUUCAGAUGCAACACAGUGGGGAAAGCCAGCCUCAAGUUAACCUUUUUUCAUCUACGGAAAACAUGAUGGCCGUUCAGGCAGGUGGAACUCAACAGCAGGGAGGUGGACUGUUCCAGCAAGGUGGGGAAAUUAUGUCUCUUCAGUCAGGAAGUUUCAUGCAGCAGUCCCCACAUUCACAGGCUCAACUUUUUCACUCUCAGAAUCCCAUUGGUGAUGCUCAAAAUAUAUCCCAGGAAACACAAGGGUCUAUUUUUCAUAGUCCAAAUUCCAUUGUCCACAAUCAGACCACUUCUUCUUCGUCGGACCAAUUGCAGCCUCCAAUGUUCCACUCCCAGAACACCAUGGGUGUAUUGCAGAGCUCUUCUGUACCUCAAGACCAGCAAUCAGCCAAUAUGUUCCUUUCCCAGAAUUCAAUGAACAAUCCUGUAACUCAAGAAGAACAGAUGUCAUUCUUUACAACACAGAAUUCCAUUUCUCCACUUCAGACAGCCACAAACACUGAGCAGCAACCUUCUUUCCAGCAGCAGGCACAGAUACCCCACAUUCAGAACCCUAUGAUUCCCCAAGAUCAACCCCAAGCUCAGCCCACUCAGCAGGGUUUGUUUCAGCCACAAGUAUCACUAGGCUCCCUCCAAUCUAGUACAAUGCCCCAGAACCAACAAGGGGCUAUCUUCCAGUCUCAACAUUCAAUGGUUGCUAUUCAAAGUAGCUCUCCAUCCCAAGAACAGCAGCAACAGCAGCAGAACAUGAUGUUCAGUACUCAAAAUACGAGUACAAUUGCUUCUCAGAAACAGACUAUGAUUUUCAACCCAAAUCAAAAUCCAAUCACUAAUCAGGAGCAGCAGAACCAAUCUCUUUUUCAUGCACAAUCCAAUAUGGCGCCAAUGAAUCAAGAUCAACAGCCCAUGCAGUUUCAGAGUCAAACAACAGUGACUACACUUCAGAAUCCUGGGUCCAACCAGACAGAGACACAGCAGCCCACCAUGUUUCAUAACUCACCCCAGAUUCAGUUGGUUCAAGGAUCACCAGGUUCUCAAGAGCAGCAGGUCACCCUCUUCAUCUCUUCAGCUUCCAUGUCUGCCUUGCAGAAUAGCAUGAGCCAGCAAGAGCUGCAGCAGUCUCCCAUCUACUCUUCUCAGAACAAUAUGACACGUAUUCAAGGAGCUGCUUCUCCUGCACAGCAACAAUCUUCUUUGUUUCACAAUACAACGGGAAGUGCUAUCAACCAACUGCAGAAUUCUCCUGCUUCAUCUCAACAGACUUCAGGAAUAUUCCUAUUUGGGAUUCAAAAUAACUGUGGCCAGCUCUUAACCUCUGGACCAUCUGCACUGCCAGAUCAGCUGAUGGCUAUAAGUCAGCCAGGUCAGCCACAGAGUGAGGGGCAACCUGCAGUGACAACGCUUCUGUCCCAGCAGAUAUCUGAGAAUUCUCCACUACCUUCAUCUAUGACAACUAAUCAGUGUAUAGAGAAAAUAGAUGACUUGCUUGUGUCAUUACAAAACCAGGGGAACAACAUGGCUGGCUCAUUUUAAUUGGCCAAAAAUUCUGUGAAGGAAAAGAUGAUUUCCAAGAUCCCCUCAGACCUUGUGGCUCUGGAUUAGGGUUUAUGGAGCUGAACUGUUCUGUUAAAGAAUGGCCUAUACCCAAGCAAAUGUGUAGACUUCACUCCUUUUCUAAAGAGCACAUAUGCUGCCUACUGCAGUGUCUAGCAAUUGAGGCUAUAAUGAUAGCGUUUGAGACUCCUGAAGCCAAUAAUGGCUGAAAAGCUGUGCUUUGUGUUACAGGGGGUGGAACUGAACGGUUACCACAUUCCUAGGCCCCAUUAGUCAAUGGGCUGCUAUUUUAAUUCAAAGCAUGACUGCUCAGCUAUUAUUGUUAGAAAAUAACACGUUAUCAUGUUUACUUUUUCUUUUCUUCCCUUUCUGCUUCACAACCCCUCUGUCGAAUCGGAAAGCUUGUGAAGCAGUACCAUCAUGUGCCCUAACUUGCGCUGUGAUUCAUGGCAUAGCC